AAUUUUUAUAGAAGGAACAUGUGUUGAUUUCGGAGACCGGAGAUGGGUGCAUGUCGGCGAAUAUUCAAGAAUUAUGAGCCAUGUGAACUUACAAUUUGUGUCACGAUUAUUUGUGAACCCCGUUCUCCUCCGAAGUUCGAUCACUGGAAAAUCUCAAAACCUGGAUGUCCACCAAAGAUUAUAUCAUGCUCGAAAGCCACCAACAACGAUGUGAAUCGAGAAAAACGGUCAAGACGGAAAUUGGUAAAAAAGAGGACACCGUCUGAAGUUAUCGAAAAACUUGAAGAACAGGAAGGAUCUGAAAAUUGUGAAAAUGUUCCUUUCGACAAACCACUUUUACACUCUGACUCAGCUACAUUGAUAUGUGAUGAAGUGGCUACAAGCAGGUCACCAUUUGAAAUAUCAACUAAUGAAGUGGAAAAUGUGGAUAUUCAGUCGGAACCGAGGGAUCGACACGUGUCAAUUACUUCUAUGGAAAGUGUGGCAGGAUUAGGAGAAGCAGAUGAUCAAGAUGAUGUCACGAUCUUGAAGGGAUUGGAAGAAGUUCAUGAAAUAGAAGUUGAUAAAACAGUAAUAGAAGAAUCUAUUCCAAAUCAACCAAAAGGACAAAGAUUUGAUCUACUUUCAAAUGGAGAUGUGACUAUUCCAGCAAUGAUCAUGAAUGAUGUCGAUGGUCCGAAGAAAAAAUUACUUGUUCGGAGGAAAAAAAAGUCCAAGACGCCUGAUUCACCACCUCAAUAUCGUGAUUACACGGAGACGUCCAUUUACAUGUAUAUUGAAAUGGAUAAGCAAAAUGUUGGAGAAUUUGUGUGGGAUCAGCAAUGCACACGAAUUGAUGCUCUUGUUGCUCCAAUUGUUGAAUUGGACAGAAUGACGACUCCAGAAAUUCCACUUGAAAUUGAACUUUUCGAUUGAAUAAAUAUUUUUCUC